AUGCAACCGAGGGAACAGCAGACGGGCAGUAAAAUCCGACGAGUCGAGUGGUCGUGCUUUGUCUUCAGUGUACCCCACUUGUCUAUCAAUCUGUCAAUCUAUCUAGCUUGUACAUACAUACAUACAUACAUAUAUCUAUCUAUCUAUCUAUCUAUCUAUCUAUCUAUCUAUCUAUCUAUCUAUACGCACACACACAGAGUUACAUCCUCACCCCUAUCUCCAUCGUACUCCUCAUCAUCAGAGCAGUUUAACAAAUCCUCAGCAGCAGAAUCACAGCAGCAGCAGAAUCACAGCAGCAGCAGAAUCACAGGAGCAGCAGAAGCACAACAGCAGCAGAAUCACAGCAGCAGCAGAAUCUACUUCAUUCUCAUCAGAUCUGUCAGUGUAUUCUUCCAUCUGUUGGUUCUUUGUAAUUUUUCUUCUUUUUUCAUCGAGACAGUCACCUCAUCUGCACACAUAACAAGAAAUUGA